AUAACUCAUUUCAAUUAUCUUAUCAAAGAUGUGGAUCAACAAGUUUUUCUUCUUUCUUCCAGUUGUAUGCAUGGCCGUGUUCAGUACAGCUCAAACGGUUCCUUCGCAACCUCCACAGGACCCAUCAGAUUGUUUGUCAUCGCUGGAAACUAUUCCGGACUGCAUCCCAGAGAUAUUCAGAUCGAUAAUAAGUGGACAGAUCGGGAGUAUUGGACACUCUUGCUGCCAUGCCUUUUUGGGUAUCAGUACCGAAUGUGCCUCCCAUGUGUUUGUCUUCGCUCCCUUCUUCCCUCCGACUCUAAGGGAUCAUUGUUCCCGACAUUACUAGUGCCUAACUCCUUUCGAGUCUUUGUCUCAAGGGGUUUAUUUUUAUCAUUCUGCAUGUUCUAAGGCCAUACAUAAUGUUUCUGCUUAAUAGAAAAACAACAACUCCUUAUUAGACAUAAAUAUUAACUUCCAUGUAAACACUCCGACCAUCUUUAUCCAUAUAUAUUUCUUGUUAAUAUAAA